UUGGCAACGACAAUAGCCAAGAUAUUUGACAGUGUGCUUAACUCUAUUCUAGAAAACCACUGUACGCUACAUGAUGGUCAGCACGGUUUUACGCGUGGUCUAUCGACAGAAACAGCAAUAAUGAGUUUAAAGCAUACUGUCAAAUAUUACUCGGACAGGCGCACACCGGUGUACGCCUGUUUCCUAGAUCUGAGUAAAGCUUUCGAUCUUGUCUCGUACGACAUCAUGUGGCGUAAGUUAGAAGGCGUAGGUUUACCUGACGGCUACACCGAUUUGCUUAAAUAUUGGUAUAGUAAUCAGGCGAACUAUGUGAGAUGGGCAAAUGAAUAUUCCGAGCCGUACAGGAUGGAGUGCGGGGUGAGGCAAGGGGGGCUGACAUCGCCGAGGCUCUUCAACCUGUAUAUGGACGCACUGAUUCGAGAGCUCAGCAGCAUGCGUGUCGGAUGCCAUAUCGGCAAGGUCUGUGUGAAUAAUAACAGCUAUGCGGACGAUAUGGUUCUGCUGGCACCCUCAGUUAGUGCGCUGAGAGCUUUACUCGGUGUUUGCGAAAAGUUUGCUGUCUCACAUGGUUUACAAUACAAUACCAAAAAGUCACAGUUCAUGGUGUUUAAGGCUGGCAGUAGAUGUACUAGUGUUGUACCCCCUAUAAAGCUCUAUAACGAACCACUAAAAAGGGUCUAUAGUUUUAAAUAUCUUGGAUAUAUUUUGACUGACAGUCUUAAAGACGAUGAAGACAUUGAAAGAGAGCGUAGGGCACUGUCGGUCAGGGCGAAUAUGUUGGUGCAUAGAUUUGGUCGCUGCACUGACGCUGUCAAGAUCACGCUUUUCAAAGCAUAUUGUACGGCGCUGUUGCGGCUGCCGCGCUACUGUAGCGCGUCUGCGAUGUUUGCACUGGCGGGUGUGGAUAGCUUUGAUGCAAUAAUCAGAAAAAAGACCGCAUCCUUGCUAAACAGAGUGCGCGGCAGCGGCCACAGUGUGCUGAGUGAGAUUGCCGACAGUGGGGACUGUCCACUGAUUAAACAAAUGAUCGCAAGGACUAUGUCCUGUUUAAUAAUAAAGUAUUGA